AAAUGGAGUGGACUUAUUCUUGGCUGAUCAGCCUUAUCCUAUUAGGGCCACCUCUCAUCCUCUACUUCAUCUUCCAUGCCCGGAGGACUAGGAGACUUCAUUCUGCUCAACUCCGGCCACCAGGUCCUCCGGGAUGGCCGGUGGUAGGCAACAUAUUUGACCUUGGAGAACUACCUCAUCAAACCUUGUAUUACCUCAGGGCUAAGUUUGGACCGGUGAUUUGGCUGCAGUUGGGAUCGGUUGGAACCCUUGUAGUCAAUUCGGCGGAUUCUGCAGCCAAGCUCUUCAAGAACCACGACCUAGCUUUCUCUGACCGUAAAUGCCCGGAAGCUUUAUCAGUAGACAAUUACAAUCAUGGGUCCGUGGCCAUUGGAAACUAUAGCCCAUACUGGCGAGUAUUCAAGCGAAUUGGGGCCAUGGAAUUCAACGCGUCAAAGAGAGUGAACGAGAGUGUUGACAUCCGAAGAAAGUGCGUCGACAACAUGAUUGUUUGGAUUGAAGAAGCAGCCAAGGGAGGGACUAAUGGGGAGAUAGAGAUUGUUCAUUUUCUCUUCCUAAUGUCUUUCAAUGUGGUGGGGAAUAUAAUCUUUUCCGAGGACAUAUUAAAAUCCGAGUCUAAGGAAGGAAAGGAAUUCUUUGAUUCCAUGACUAAGUUUGUGGUUUGGGUUGGAAAACCUAACAUUUCAGAUUUUUUCCCAUUGUUGAAGAGCUUAGAUCUUCUCGGAAUAAAGAGGGGGACGAAAAAGGACUUGGGGAAUUGUUUGAAGAUUAUAGAGAAUUUUGUGAAGGAGAGACGUCAAAAGAGGUUCAAGAAGAGUGAUAACGGUAAGAAGGAUUUCCUCGAUGUUUUAUUGGAGUUCGAAGGAGAUGCAAAAGAAGGACUCGACAAGCUGUCCGAGAGAAACAUCAAUAUCAUUAUAACCGAAAUAUUUCUAGCAGGAUCAGAAACAACGAGCAACUCCAUCGAGUGGAUAAUGUCGGAGCUACUAAACAACCCUAAUUGCAUGGCGAAGUUAAAAGAAGAACUCAAUAGAAUUGUCGGACGGGAAAGGAAGGUAGAAGAAAGUGAUAUGGAUAAACUCCCAUAUCUACAUGCAAUAGUCAAAGAAUCAUUACGAUUGCACCCUCCACUACCCUUGCUCCUCCCAAGGAAUUCAAUGGAAGACGUAAACUUCAAUGGCUACUUCAUACCAAAAGGCACACAAGUGUUAGUAAAUGCCUAUGCAAUAGGAAGAGAUCCCGAAGUGUGGGAUGACCCCUUGGAUUUCAAACCUGAGAGGUUCCUCGACAAGAAUAUAGAGCUUGCGGGUCAACAUUUCGGGGUUAUCCCUUUUGGGGCAGGUAGAAGAAUAUGUAUGGGUUUUUCUUUGAGCCUACGAGUGCUUCAACUGGCCACCGCGACUCUUGUCCAUACAUUUGAUUUGGAACUAGGAGACUCGACAUCUCCUGGUAUGAUUGAUAUGAACGAAAAGAUGGGACUUACAGUAAGAAAAUUGAUUCCCUUAAAAGUCGUACCUAAGAAACGAGAGCUAUAAGCUCUUUAUAUUUCUCGUGUGCAAGUGCGUGUUAUAUAUUUCUUGUACAUAUAUUUAUCAUAUUUGCAUUAUAUAUAUAGAAUUUCUCUUUAUCUUAUUAUUUAAUUUAGUUACUUUUGAAUAUAAAUAUGAGUAUCCUUUUUUAUCGUGCACGGUGCAUCA